AUGGACGACGCCCAACAACACCAUGACAUCUUCAAGGCCGCCUCCGUCGCCGAGAUCCAGGCCACGCUCGCCCACCUGAACCAGCAGGAGGCCCACGUUUCCGCCCGCCUCAACGACCUGAUCGCGUCGCAAGAGGACCUCUCGCGCGAGCUCGGCCGCCUCGAUCUCCUGCGAGCUCAUCUCGGCACCCAGGUUGUCAACACCCGCGCCAUUAGCAAUGGCAUGCUCUCCGACGCCGCUUCCACCGCGAGCCGCAUCUCGACCGCCGUGAAGCGCCUGGACAAUGAGCAGUCGAAUGUAAAGGCCACAUUGGAGGUUGUCGAGCAGGUCGCCGAGCUCAAGGCGUGCGUUCUGGGCGUGCACGGCUCCAUGGGCGCGCCGCAGGACUGGGAGACGGCCGCGACCUACCUCAGUCGCGCCUCCAACAUCCCCGCGGAUGUGGUCAAUGGCAGCUUCGCCGAGGAGAUUGUGCCCACCGCAGAGGUGCCUGAUCCGCCGCGUGUAACCCUGGAAAAUGCCGCCGAAUCGCUAUGUGGCCUGUUCCUGCGUGAGUUCGAGAAGGCGGCAAAAGAAGGCGAUGGCACCGCCGUCACGCGAUUCUUCAAGCUCUUCCCCCUGAUCGGUAGGUCUGACGUCGGCCUCGAUGCCUAUGGUCGCUACGUUUGUCACGGCGUGUCGUCGAGAGCCCGCACGAAUCUGAACACUGCCGUUGCGAGCAGAGAGAAUUUCUUCUACGCCAAUGCCUUGACGAAGCUGUUUGAGCACAUUGCCCAGAUCGUGGGCGGCCACGAGCCGCUGGUCGAGCGUCAUUACGGCACUGGCAUGAUGGGCAAGGUGAUUGAGCGUCUCCAGAUGGAGGCUGACGUCCAGGGUGGCAUCAUCCUGGACACAUGGCGAGAUGAGCGCAACAUUGACAGGAAGUUGACCGACAUAAAAUCAUACGCCUUUUCUUUCCUUGUCCAAAGCUUCUUGCCGGUGCCAAGCGGCGGGACUCCCCGCUCCGCCUCACCGGCCCAGAGAGACAGACUCACUGGCCGUGCAAGCGAAGAUGAAGGAGUAGACAUGAAGGAGGUGGACGGCCUUCUCGGCGAGACGGCAAUAAUGCUUGGAAAAUGGUCUCUGUACACUAGAUUCCUCGCCUCAAAGACUGCCCCCCUCGAUUCCGACCUUGAAGGCAUCGACAACGCUCCUUUGAUCAUGCCCGAUUUCCUCACCACCAGCAACCUCGCCAAGAAGGUGAGCGGCCACCUGCUGGAGCCGUACAACGUCAUGGCCACUUUCUUCUUCCGCCGAUCGGUCGAGAAGGCCUUCCAGUUGGACGAGCCCCCCGCCGAUCUCACCUUGAAUCCAAACAAGCCUCUCGGUUCAAGCCCUCCAUUCGUUACAUCAGCUGUCGACGAUGUGAUGUACAUCGUCAACCAGGUUCUCCAGCGCUCGAUCAAUACUUCACAGCGCGGAGUCGUCUCCAACGUCGUGCCAACCAUUGGCCGGGUGUUGGGGUCUGAUUUUGUCGGCAUGAUUCAACGCAAAAUGCGGGACGAUGUCUACCCGAAGGCCGCGAUACAAGGCGGCAUGCCCCCUGAAGACAAGAUCAUUGCCUUUUUUGUUCUCCUGAACAACCUCGACGUCGCUAAUGACUACAUCAAACGCAUCGUUGAGUCCCACAUCGGCCGCCAAACCUCCGACGGGUCCGUCAACGGCGAUGCCCACAACGCCCUCGUGGACAAGUUUCCGUUCGGCCACGACGCCGUCUUCGUCGAGAACUCACUAAAGUCCAUGGAGCACAGCUUCGAGGCCAAGACGACCGAGCUCAUCUCCGACGGCAUCAGCGUCGCCUUCCACCAGGUGAUGAAGCCGCGCAUGCGGCCCAUCCUCGCCGAGGCCUUCCGCGACAUCGACUACACCAUCACGCCGGACGAGCUCGCGGUGCUCAAGCAGCGCGCCGACGAGGCCGCCGUCCAGGACCCCACGCUCGCGCCCUCGACCAACACGACGGCGGGCGAGCAGGCCAACGCCGUCGACGAUCUGGUACGCGCGCGCUUCGACCGCGCGUGGUCGGCGCUUACCCGCCCCAUCAAGCGCAUCUUGACCGAGCGCAACUUCGACCGCUUGCUCGGGACCAGCGUGUCGUACCUCAGCAAGGCGCUCGAGAAGCGCAUCUGGGCGUACUACGGCCGCGUCAACGAGCUAGGCGCUGUGCGCUUGGAGCGCGACGUCGCCGGCAUCGUCUCGGCGGCGGUUGCGGCGGGUGGCAGGUACGCUUUGAGGGACGCGUUCCAGAGGUGUACUCAGUUGACGAUGGUCAUGAACAUGGAGGAGGAUGAGUGGGCCGAGGUUGAGGCGGAGGCGGAUGAAGGAGUGAUGAGCUUCAAUUGGGUGCUGGAUCGGGCGGAGAGGCAGAGAGCGAGGGCCAUUGUAAGGGAAAGGAGCAGCUGA